AAAAACAUGGCGGAUUACUGUGUUCAUGGGGUCCGCUACUUGCCACUCGUCGUCGAUAAAUGAAAGCUUAUUUCUCCCAACAAACGACAUAUUGUUGAACAGGUCAAAAUGUUUCGGCGGUCAAGAUUUAGUGUUAGGCCCAAUGUCGGUACGGUAGGUAAAACAGCAGCGACCCCUCAGGACGCCCCUUCAGCAAAUCAAGAGGAGGCCAGUGAGACCCCCAAAGACGUUGGUGAGAGCAGCACGGCUGCUGCAAAAACAGACAACGAGUCUGUUGUGACCCCGUCAGAAAAACCUACAGCGUCAGGGGAUGGCAAUGACCAAAAUGUGGAAGGUACCAGCUCCUCAGCGGCAGUACAAAGAAGGAAGCGGUUUUCCAUCAAGCCCAAAGUGGCCCCAGGCCGCCCCUCCGCCGCUGCUCGAACGCAGAAAUCCCCCAUCAAGGCUGUCUCUGGCACUUCUAUUGAAGUCCCUGUCUCGGACCAUGACAAGCCAGAUACGUCCAGCCAAACUGGGACUACAGUCGCCCCUCAGAGGCUCCAGUCCCCAAGGCGACGGAGGCCUUCAGAGGAAAGCAAGCUGCCCAAAACGCAACCUAAAUCCCUCAUCCCUUCUGAUGCUUCAGAACCUUUAACUGACUCUACUACAAAUCUGCCAGCGGACAGUGGCAAGGAAUUAGAAAGCACGUCAGACAGUCAAGUGAAAGAAGUUCCUUCCAGACUACCAGAUAAAUUCCCCCCGUCUCUACCCGACAAACAAGCUAUCGAGUUAUCCGAGAAAGCCAAGACUCUAGUGUCAUCUCAGAGCGGGCUUUCUCUCUCACCAUCAGCGUUGUCCUUGAGUAGACUCCUGAACGACCCAUCAGACUUACAGAGGAUUGCAAAGGCCCAAAAACUCAGAGAGUUGCUCAGGGAGGAGAUGCAUAAAGAAAAGAAACUCAAGAAAGGGAGCAAACGUGUAAAAGAAUUUACCUUAGAUCCUGCCAAAAUGACCAUGAGGGACCUUAUCCGCUAUCUACCACAGUCUAACCCCAUGACAUCGACUGUGGAGGAACCGGCUCAAGAGAAUGAGACUGUGGUCCCACCUUCACCAGUACGAGAAGCGUCACCAGAGAAAGUGCAGGAACCUGUGGUCCUCCCUAAAAUAGGAAGCCCGAGGGAGGUGGAAGAGGAGGAGGAAGAGGAAGAUGAGGAUGACGAUGACGGCAUGAUGGUUCCUCAGGUCAAAGUAGCCGAGGAUGGUUCACUGAUCAUUGAUGAAGAGAGCUUGACAGUGGAGGUCCAGCGAGCCAAAGGGCCAAAUCCAGCCCAGGAUCGAGACCCCAUAUUUGAGCGUGGCUCCACUACAACUUACGCAAGCUUCAGGAAAGGGACCUAUACAAAACCCUGGUCCAGUGAAGAGACAGACAUGUUCUUCCUGGCUAUAAGCAUGGUGGGGACAGACUUUUCCAUGAUUUGCCAACUGUUUCCUCUCCGUGCUAGAUCAGAGAUAAAGAACAAAUUUAAAAAAGAGGAGCGACAGAAUUCCUGGAGGGUUGACAAAGCUUUCCGAGAGAGGCGCAAACUGGACAUAGAAUAUUUUUCUAAGCUGCUAGAGAAGAUUCUGGAAGUUCAGAAAAACAGGAAGAAACUCAAGUCACUCGCUGUAAAGAAAUCACCCAAGAAGACCACGAGAAAGGCAAAGGGCAAAAAGGCUGCAAGGAAGCUGAGUGUUGUGGAGGAGGAAGAUGAGGAAGAGCAGAAUAAAAAUCCUGACUUGGAGGAGGAGGGAGAGAAAGAGAACGAGGUCCUCUGUAAUGAGGGGGGAGCCGAUGUGGCUAAGCCCAAGAAGAAGCGUAAAAGAAAAGCUAAAGAGGACGCCUCCACUGAAGAACCAAAUGACAAGAAAAACAAAAAGGGUGAAAAGAGCAAUAAACAAGAUGAGGCCUCCAUACCUGGAGACACUGAGGCGGCACUUCCUGAAGACUGUCCAAAAUCAGACAUGUCUGAAAAGACGGAGAGUGUGAAUGAAGCCAAGGAUGCCAAAAUCAAGCCGGCUAAACUCUCACGAGGCAGAGCCCCGAAACCACUACUGCCUUUGGGCCGGAAGUGGGGUAAAAAGCCCCCACCGCCCUCCACAAAGGCCAACGACACUGCCUCAGAUAAAGGAGAUGAGAGUGUAACUGACGGAGGUGCUGAAGACCAGGUAAAUAAAGAUGCCUCACCCUCAAGUCAAGCUGAUAAGAAGAAGUCAGCCAAUGAUGACUCUGAAGAAGAAACUGCCAACCUACAACCUCCUAAACCUACCAGGUAUGGGAGAGUGCCUAAACCCAUCCAGCUCUUGAACUACCCUGCCAAAGACGAUGCAUCUGAAGCAGCUCCAGCCUCACCAGAGGGGUCCACUGCCCCUUCUGCCAAGCCUAAACCCAAAUGCACAGCCAAGAGGGGAAGAUCAUCAAAGCUACAAUCAUCCCAAGAGUCCAAAAAACCUAAACUAGUCACCCUCAGGGCUUCUCAGUCAGAAUACAGCGAUGAGGAGGAUGUAAAGCAGCGAGAAGAAGAAGAAGAUGUGGAGGAAGUAGAUCUUCCUUUAUGUGGCUCCAGUAAGGACAGCUCUGCCCCUGUCUUUGUGCCUGUCGGCCUGCGCUCCCCACAACCUGUGAUUUCAGAAGUGGAAGAGACAAUGGAGGAGCUUGAUAUCUUGGCCAAUAUCCCUGAUGUGUUGGGCAUCUCCCAAGAUGCAUUGUGCCAUGAUGCCUCCUGCGAGGGGGCACAAAAUGAGACAGGCACAGCUGAACCCUGUGAACAUCAGCUGGACCUACUUGUUGAUGUCAUAGACUUCCUUUCUUCAGACCACACAGAAGUAUCUCAGGACGAGAGCUACAAUGAGGCUGCUCAAACACUGUUGACCAUCAGCAGCCUGGCUCACCUCCCUCAAUCAGAAGAGAAUGAAAUAGCCAUACAAGAUCAUACAACAGGGACAACAGUGGUUGAUGUGAAGGAAACCAGCCAACACUUUGAAGAAAAGAUUGCAUCAAAGCCUGCUGUACUUGAAGGAAACGGCGCCGCUCCUCUUGUGUCUGCAACUUCUGAUCAUGACGUAAUAGAAACAUCAGAAAGUGUUACCAUUGUGGAGCUUCAAAGCAGCACAACAGACGGUGAUGACAUCCAGGUCAUUGAAUCCAUUGAUCAGAGGACUGAUUCGGAUUUCGACGCUACCCCUCAGUUGCAAAGUCCAGAGAGCUCAAAGACGAAUUCUCCAAAGACCAAGACAGGACGCUCAUCCAAGGUGAAACCAAAACCUAACAUAGGCCUCGCCUCAAGGACUGCUCAGUCAAAACCCCAACCAGGGACAUCAACAAAAAGGACAGCGGAGAAGAGCACAGUUGGUCCUGGCCUUUCUGAAACCACAGAGACUCUAUCGGCUGCAGAGGAAACCCCUAAGAUAGCAGACUGUAGUAAAACAAAGUUAAAAGAUGAAAUUUCUUGCAUUGAAGUCAAACAUACAGAAGACCCAUCUUGCAGUCAGAAGAGGUCUGUUGGUGAAUUCCAAUCCGAUGCAGCAACAUCAGAUCAGAGUGCAUCAGAAAACCAGAUUCACUUCUUUUCUGAAGCCCAGCUGGAACCAAGUUUGGAACAGGACACCGGAGACGCAAGGUCAACAUCUGGGUCUACAGAUGAAGUUCUGAUGUCUCAUGUUGGGACAAUUGAAAGUAUUGGUAAUAAUCAGGUAACAUCUGAAACAGUAACAGAAUCCCAGACUGGACAAGGGUCAAACAUACACUCUCCCCCAGUCCCAGAGAGCAGCGACCAUCCUGUUCCAUGUGUUACACCUGUAGAAGAGUUACCUGUUGGUCAGAAAGAAGACUGUGAAGUGGGAUCUACCCAGCAGACCAGGAGGAGUCGAUUCCAGAAAGUCAAACCCAAACUCAAUUUAGCACAGACAUCAAGGACUGUGCGUUCUAAAUCUCAAACCAUAAAAGACACUGUAGAGAAAGACUGCAACCCAACUCCAAACCCCAAAUUAUAUGAAAAAACAGCUGAGGUUGAAGCAGAGCCAACUUGCACCAUCUCCCCUGAAAAAACAAGUAGUUAUCCUGAUCCAGCUUCAGAUUUGAUACCACCGUUUGAUUUAGGGUCUACUCUUACAGCCACAGAAGAACUGUCAGCAACUGAAGAGAAAAAAACAGAUGUUGGAGUUGUUGGUCAUGUAGAAUCAGAUGCAGCAACAUUACAUCAGAGGGCCUCAGAAAACCAGAGCGUUUCUGAAUCACAGUUUGAACCCAGAAGGGAACAGGCAUCCAGAGGCACAAGGCCAACAUCUGAGUCCACAAAUGAAACACUGAUGUCUCAUGUUGGGACAGCUGAGAGAAGCUGUAUUAAUCUGCUCCCAUCAGACGCAGCAGUCACAGAAUCCCAGACUGGACAAGGGUCAAACAUACACUCAGUCCCAGAGAGCAGCGACCUUCCUGUUCCAUGUGUUACACCUGUAGAAGAGUUACCUGUCAGUCAGAAAGAAGAGAGUGAAGUGGGAUCUACACAGCAGACCAGGAGGAGUCGAUUCCAGAAAGUUAAACCCAAACUCAGUUUAGCACAGACUUCAAGGACUGCACGGUCUAAAUCUCAAACCACAAAAGACACUGUAGAGAAAGACUGCAACCCAACUCCUACCCCCAAAGUCCAUGAAAAAACAAGAGCAGAGACUGAAGCAGAGCCAACUUGCACCAUCUCUCCUGAACAAACAAGUAGUUAUCCUGAUCCAGCUUCAGAUUUGAUACCAUCAUUGGAUUUAGGGUCUACUCUUACAGCCACAGAAGAACUGUCAGCAACUGAAGAGAAAAAGACAGAUGUUGAAGAUGUCGGUCAUGUAGAAUCAGAUGCAGCAACAUCACAUCAGAGGGCCUCAGAAAACCAGAAUCUUUCUGAAGCCCAGUUUGAACCCAGUAGGGAACAGACCACCAGACACACAAAGCCCAUAUUGGAGUCCUCAGAUGAGAAACUGAUGUCUCAUGUUUGGUCUGCUGAGAGUAGCUGUAAUGAUCCACAGUUGACAUCCGACUCAGCAGUCACAGAAUCACAAGUUGGACAAGAAUCAAGCAUAGACACAGCCCCAGUCCAAGAGAGCAACGACCAACCUGCUCCAUGUGUUACACCUGUAGAAGAGUUACCUGUCAGUCAGAAAAAAGAGAAUGAAGUGGGAUCUACUCAACAGACCAGGAGGAGUCGAUUCCAGAAAGUCAAACCCAAACCCAACUUAGCACAGACGUCAAGGACUGCACGGUCUAAACCUCAAACCACUAAAGACCCUGUCACACCCAUGCAGCAUGUGGAGAAACCCUCCACCCAGACUUCAAGACCUGACUCCACUGAUAUCAAAAUAGCAAUGGUAGAAGCACCAAGCCAAAUUGAAAGUACUAGCACCUCUUCAGUGUCGGAACCAUCAAUGGAAUUAUGCUCUACUCAUAAAACCACAGAGGAAAUGUCUUCAACUGAGGAGCAAAAGACAGAUGUUGGAGGUGGACUUGACUUAAACUCAGAGGGCUCACAACAAAAUGUUCCUCAAAGAAGGCGACGCUUUCCAAACGUCAAACCCAAUUUAGGAUCGUCCCCUAGAACUACACACGCAAAACUGCAGUCAAGUGAUAUCAGUAAACCCUCAAAACAGUGCCACAUGGACACCUCUUCAACCUCAGAGCAACAGUCUGUGGACAGUAACAAUGCACAAACAGAACGGGACCUCACAAGGACAGACUGCAAGCACUUGACAUCAACACUUUGUUCAUCACAUACAGAACUUUUCAGCUCAACAACGUUAAGAACUGCAGAGUCAGAUAAGACACCAGACAGCACAAAUGAUAAAGGUGUCCCCUCCGGUAGCGUCGCCAUAGCAACAUCCCGGGAUCAGUCUGUGUUCACAGACUUAGUUCUUGACAAUAAGAGUAUUGAAAAACUCAAAGUAGAAGGGGAAUCCAUAGGGGACAAAAUGGCAAAUAUUGACAAGGUGGAGGCUGGACCUUCCUCACAACUGGACUGCAAAUGGAACAUGUCCUCUAAAGCUACAGAGUCAAAUACCCAACUGACAGAUGAUCCAACUGCAGUGUCAGAUGUCCAGUCUGCAGAAAACUUCUCAACAAAGUCAAUGACUGAAUCUAUGCCACCUACUGAGUCAAUACCAGAUCCAACAGAAAGCACUCAGCAGCCACUUACAGAGAAUGACUUUGAGGCACAAAGUAAAGAUGCACUCCAACAAUGUUCUGAAACGAAUCAACAAACAGCUGCUCAAAGCACUGAUGAUAAGCAGUCAGACCCAACCGACUCUCCCACAAGAAAAGCUCCACAGAGUCGCAGAGGCCAACUUAUUAAACCCAAACCCAGUCUGGUUCACAGCAGCCGACCUCCGCAACCCCGACAAGUUCAGAAAACAAAACAGACAAAAACAGAUCUUGGUGCUUGCUCAGAAGGUGUGGAUGCUUCAGUUUGCCACAAGCUUGUGUCUGACCUCCGACCUGACAUCCCAGACCCAGCAGAGGGAGCUAUUGAACAAUGCAGUAACCAAAGUUCCUCUCCAAAUGAUUCUGGAUCCUCUCUGGGUAGUUUGACACAAGUUCCUGACAAUUCUACUCAGGAUUCAUCAACAUCAAAUACUGGACUCACACUGUUUCCAGACAUGCUGUCGCAGCCGGAGCCUUUAGAUCCAGAGGAACCGUUCUUCAUCCUCGCUCUGACUGAGAUCCCGGUCUGCUCAUUAAGCGAGCCGGUGGACAGUGUGCCUGAACCCCUGACUCAUCUCCCUGCAACAGAUGCAUCAGUCGAGCAACAGAGCGUUCCUGAAAAGAGUUUGGCAGCAGCAGGAGAAGGGCCUCUCUCCAAUGUCACUGAACCUGCCUCCAUGGAGGAGAGUGGGGAGACGGGCCUCAUCAAUGUACAGGAUACUCUGCCUGACCCAGCUGCAUGUGUAACACAACGGGGUCGGAUCAUGGAGAAUCCAGUGGAGCCACAUGAGAGUACUACAGUCCAUCCAUCUAAAUUACCAGAGACUCUAGAGGAUAAUGAUGAGACUGAAAUUCCCCCUACAAAUCCUGAUGGACCGAUGAUGGGCAGUAGAAGAACAGCCAAAGCUCAGGCUAAGCCCAAGACUACAAAGAGGAAACAAGCCAGCAAGACCCCCGCUGCAAAGGAAGCAGGAUCAAUCCCCAUCCGAAGGAACACCACCGAGGACUCUGAGCUUCCUGGGCCUUCCAUGCAGCCAAAAGCCUGUGCUGAGGUGUUCACUGAGCCACAGAAAGGAAGUGGUGAUCAUGUAGAUGUCGCAAAGGAGACUCGGACAGGAGGGGACGACCCUGAGGAUAGCAGCUCAGGAGCACAAACUACUCUGACGAGGGUGACAAGAAGUCGGAAUAGGAAACCCCCUGCAAGCGAUUCUCCACCUGGCAAAGCAGCUUCCAAGAGCCCAAAGGUCAGAGCUCCACGUGCAGCUAGAAAACGAUCCUCUCCAGCCGCCGUAGCCUCAACAUCACAUGACGUCGCUCCCACACGCAGUGCGACACAGCCGACAGAAGAAACCCACUCAACAUCCUUCACUGCAUCUCCAACACAAACACAGCACAGCCAACUAUGCUCAGUCACAACUCCUAAGACUUCUGUGUCCCCGGAUGAGGUUUCUGCUUCUCAGGAAAGUGACUCCGUGGAGAGCAGCUCUGUAGUGGAGGAGCCCACCAAUGUGUCUCAGUACUUCUUAAGUGACAUUUUUACAGAAGUGGAAGAGGGAUGAAAUCUGCAGAGAGGUGGAGUGAGAGGAGAAACAUGCGGGUGGCUUUUCCCUUUUUAAAUUAAGUUAUGUCCGUCUGUAGGUUCAUUUAUGACCAAAACACUGUUUUGUUUUUGUUGUUGUUGCUGUCAGUUGUAAAUAAGUGAAGAUAAAUUUACUAUCCUUUCACAAGCACUUUGAAUAUAUUUGGUAGUUUCAAUUUACUGAAAUGCCUUUUUUUUUUUUUAUAUGAACUAACAUUUCACACAUUAAUUAAAAAACACAGUUUAAUCGCCUGAUUCAUAGAGGUGGCAGCAUUUCCCCAAUUAUCCAUUAUGUUUCAAUCCUCAGAUUCCCCAAAUUUGGUUAUUAAAUACCUGUGAAAAUGUAAAUAUUGUAUCAUAGCAAAUAGGUUUUGGGAUGUUUUUCAGCAACACCAGUCUCAGGAAAACAUAACCGGAUGACAAUAGGUAUUAUUUUGUGAUCAUUUUAAAUCAUCCAUUUCAAUUUUGAAACAUAGUUUUGUUUGUAUGUGUUAAAAUCAACUUUUAUAAGGAAAACCGCAACAGAAUUUAAUUUAUUAAUAUUGCAUCAAUUUAUCUUGUUAAUUCCCCCCAUAUAGAGCAGAUGUCGUCAAACUUUAUUUAAGGAAAAUGUUCUGCCAUCUAGCUUUCAUUGAGACAUUUUGUUGUACAGUUUAUACUGUUGUUCAGUUCAGUGUUCAAAGAGGUCAAUGUACAGAUUCACAGCAUUCAUAAUAUGUUUGAUACUUGAAACAAAAACACAUCAUGUGCUCUUCCUUAAAUGUUUCAUUAGUUUAUUAAAAGUAACGGAAGUCUGUAA